GAGAGUGGAGAAGGAUGCGACGGUGACCUCCCUUUCCCUCUGCCUCUCCCGCUCCCUCUUCAACUUCCCUUUGCCAAGAAGCCACCAACGGCACCAGAGGCACACAACCAACACAUCACUCGCUUCUCAAGCCCUCCAUUCCUCCGCGCGCUCUGCUAGACUCUGCUACUGCUUCAGUCAGUCCCCCUUCCUUCUCGUCCAUUUAGCCGGCAUGGCGUCCAGCGCCUCCCGGUUCAUCAAGUGCGUCACCGUCGGGGACGGCGCCGUCGGCAAGACCUGCAUGCUCAUCUGCUACACCAGCAACAAGUUCCCCACCGACUACGUGCCCACCGUGUUCGACAAUUUCAGCGCGAACGUGGUGGUGGACGGCACCACCGUGAACCUGGGCCUCUGGGACACUGCAGGGCAGGAGGACUACAACAGAUUGAGACCGCUGAGCUACCGGGGAGCCGACGUCUUCGUGCUCUCCUUCUCGCUCGUCAGCCGAGCCAGCUACGAGAAUGUCAUGAAGAAGUGGCUACCGGAGCUUCAGCACCAUGCACCCGGCGUGCCAACAGUGCUGGUUGGUACAAAGCUAGAUCUACGUGAAGACAAGCAAUACUUACUUGACCACCCCGGCGUGGUGCCUGUUACUACAGCUCAGGGGGAGGAACUCCGCAAGCACAUCGGUGCAACUUGUUAUGUCGAAUGCAGCUCAAAGACACAGCAGAAUGUCAAAGCUGUGUUUGAUGCUGCCAUCAAGGUAGUGAUCAAACCUCCAACAAAGCAGAGGGAAAGGAGGAAGAAGAAAGCACGGCAAGGAUGUGCAUCAUUGGGUACCCUGUCAAGAAGGAAGCUGGCAUGCUUCAAGUGAUCAAAGGGGUUCCAUGGUGAUCAGGGAGUUAUUUGAGCAAGGCGAAAGUGUCACCCUGUGUAGUUUUUAUCUCAUGUUUUGCAGUUUGCAGUGUGUAUAUCUCAAGUUUUGAAUCAGCCGAUCAACUAUUGGAGCUAGCUAGAUUACUAUGGUGCAUUGGUGCUUGUAACAAAUUAGGAAUGUUUUGGUACAGCUUGAGCAAUGCUGGGAUCUUCCUUUCAUUCCUAAAGAUCUUCCUUCUCUUGCUACUGAAUGUAUCUUGUGAUUCAGGAGUAAAAUCAGUUUUUUUACUGAA